UUCCCGCUGCCCCGGCACCUCCCCAGGAUGUCCUACUACUACGAGCAGUGCAAGCAGCCCUGCCUGCCCCCUCCCAUCUGCCUGCAGAAGUGCGCCAAGUGCCCGGAGCCCUGCGCCACGCAGUGCGUCGAGGUCUGCCAGGCCCCUUGUGCCACCCAGUGCGCCACCAGCUGCGUCACCCAGUGCACGGAGCCCUGCGCCACCCAGUGCGCCACCAGCUGCGCCCCGCAGUGCGUGGACGUCUGCGCCAAGCCCUGCUCCAGCCAGUGCGUGGAGGUCUGUGCCCCACAGUGCGUGGAUGUCUGUGCCACCCAGUGCUCCACCAGCUGUGCCCCGCAGUGCGUGGAUGUUUGUGCCACCCAGUGCUCCACCAGCUGUGCCCCACAGUGCGUGGAUGUUUGUGCCACCCAGUGCUCCACCAGCUGCGCCCCACAGUGCGUGGACGUCUGCCCCACCCAGUGUCCCGAGCCCUGCGCCACCAAGUGCGUGGAGAAGUGCCAGGCCGAGGUUUGCAGCACCAAGUGCGUGGAGUCGUGCGAGACCGUGUGCCUGGAGCCCUGCUCCCGCCCCUGCUGAUCCCCACACUGGGCGGCUCUGGUGACCGGUGAGGAGCCAAAGCCGCGGUUCCAGAUGGAAAACACGGCGCAGACCCACCGGCGACACGAGGCCUCUCCUGCUCUGAUCCUCCCACGUUGUCUUCGUCUUGGAAAACGUUUCCUCUCUGAGUGUUCCCUGUGUUUUCUCUUCUGCUCCUGACAGCGUUUUUCCUUGGGUAUUCCCGAUACUUUAGCGUUGGGAAUCCCAGGAAGCGCUGUCAGCAGCUGGUGGAGGAAGAUGUCGAUGCUUUUCCCAUCCCCUUCUCCUCUUGUCUCUUCUCAGUCUUGUAAAUUCCCUGUGCAGCAAUAAAAAAAUGA